CUCCUUUCACUUGAACUUCCAACCUUAGCCUCAAACCCACAAAGAAGAGAAGGAAAAAAGAAAUGGCAACCACCAUGGCCGCUGCAUCAACCGUCAUAGGCCUCGGGUCUUCCUCAUUGUCCCCUGCUCGCUCCUCUUCCUUAAAGAGGACACACCUCACUUCAGGAUUUGUGAAGGCCCCAGUGGCGCCUAGGAACCCCCUGAGGCAAGCGAAAGCUUGUGGAGGAAAGUUUACUUGCUUUGAGAGAGAUUGGCUUCGGACGGAUCUGAACGUGAUUGGGUUUGGGCUGAUAGCGUGGUUGGCACCUUCAAGCAUACCGGCCAUCGAUGGCAACAGUCUCACCGGCCUUUUCUUUUCCAGCAUUGGAACCGAGCUCUCUCACUUCCCUACUGGACCUGCUCUCACUUCUCCCUUUUGGUUGUGGAUGGUCACAUGGCACAUUGGUCUAUUCCUCUGCCUUACUUUUGGGCAAAUUGGGUUCAAGGGCAGGACUGAGGAUUACUUUUGAGAAGAUCUCUCUCUCCCUCUCCCCCCUUUUUUUUAAUUUCUGCUGUCUAUCUAUGUACAAUAGUACUUGAAUUUCAGUUCCUCCUUUAGCUUUCUUUCUUUUAAACUCUGUUCAAAAGAAAAACUGUCUCUUUCUUCCUUUCUUGCCUACUGCCUUGUAUCUUUGCUUCUGUCUUGUGUCUUAGUCCCCAUGUUUGAAAAUAAUUUCUGAGUUUGCUUUUCAA